AUGUAUCCGUCCUUGCUAACAUUGAGCAAUCUUCCAGUGUCACUGCCUGCGCUGUUGGGCUGUGUCGCAUUUGCAGGAUGCGUUGUAUACAUCAUCUAUCAGAGAUACUUCCAUCCACUCGCCGACUUCCCGGGUCCGUUCUGGGCAUCGGUCACAGACCUGUGGCAGGUCAUCCAGUUUUUGUCCCUCAAACAGCCAUACAACCUGACAGAGCUCCACGAGAAGUACGGCGAGUUUGUCCGCUACGGUCCAGAUAAUCUAAGCAUCACCGCCGAGGAGGUCGUUCCCCUUGUAUAUCAAAAGGGCGGGAGACGCAUGCCCAAGACGGAGUAUUACGAUGCCUUUGGCUCAAAUAUCCCAAAUGUCUUCGGAAUGAGAGAUGUUGAGCUUCACUCCAUCCGCCGACGACAUAUGUCGAACAGCUUUUCGCUGUCAAGCGUGAAGGGAAUGGAACACCAUCUCGAUGAAAACAUCAAGCUACUCCGCGAGAAGAUCACAAAAUUCGCCAACGAUGGGGAGUCUUUUGACCUGAAGAAGCUGCUUCACUACUACACCAUCGAUGUCCUCGGCGAACUAGCGUUCAGUCGUUCUUUCGGCGUCCAGAUUUCCGACGACGAGUCUCUUGUCCCUCCCGUAGUCCCCCAUACUCUGCUCGGCUCGAUGACAGGUUCCUGGCCAGCGAUGACCCAGACUCUGAAGAAGUGGCUACCUAGGAUCCCACAUCCGGGCUUGCGGGCCUUGUUUGAGGGGCGGGCGAAGUGUGCACGUCUGGCGGUUGAAUGCGUUCGGCGGAGGCUUGGGGAGCUGGAAAAGCAGGAGGGCGAGAGCGCAAAGGAUGGGAGGACGGAUCUGUUGACGAAUUUGAUCUUGGCCAAGCACCCUGAUAGCGGGGAGAAGCUAGCCCGGAUCGAUCUUGAGGCUGAAGCGUUUGGGUUCAUUAUCGCGGGAACGCACACAACGAGUGCUACGACGACGCUUCUGUUUUGGAACUUGCUUCACAACCUCGAGUCUCUGAGCAAAUGCGUGAGAGAGAUUGACCAACAUCUGACACCGCUCGACGACGAAAAGACCGCGUAUUCGACGUCCGUUGCCGUUUGCAACCACGCGUUCCACCACAAUCCUAGAGUCUGGGGCGAUGAUCAUGGCAACUUUGACCCGAGUCGCUGGGAAAAUGAAGAAACAGCGGAGCGAGCGCGUUACUUGAUGCACUUUGGUCUAGGGGGUCGCCAGUGUAUUGGCAAGGCAUUGGCACAGACGAACAUUUACAAACUCGCCAGUACGCUAUUGGGCGAGUUCGACUUCCAACUUGCCGAUGCUCAAGAGAGAGACGAAGUCAAGAAGGGUAGUUUUACUGGAAAGCUACCCCCAAUGGCUGCAGUGGGAGGCAGUGAUUUGGACGGACCAUUGAUGGUUACUGCUAGUACCAGACUUUCUAAAGAUGACUGA